GAAAUUUGAGAAAGACAGGAUAUUACUCCGUCAGAAAGAAUAUCCGUUACAUUCAAAUCCUCAGAUACGGACUCUCCCGUAAGCGGACAGCUCUAAUCAUGGACAACUUUCCAAAACCCCGAUUUUUUCCUGUAUUCUGUAUUUAGACUUCCUCAUAGCCAAACAGCUCAACCAAUGGACACUUUUUCUGCUUCCAAAUGGUGUCCUCUUUCGGGAGAUUCUACUGUAUAGUAAAUGGGUCAUUUUAUUAUAACAUUCAGGGACAUCAUGGUUAAUAUCACGUGGUUAAACGAAAGUCAAUCAUCGUGCGAUAACAAAGCUAACAUUGUAACAUGGAAGGCUUGUCAUGAGAAUGAUCUGGACCGAGAAAUGCUUGGUAUUAAUCGUAAAAUGAAAAUAGCAAGCUUCACAUUGAUGGUGGUUGGUAUUGUCAGUAGUAGCCUCGUUUGUAUGGUGGUGUUAAGGAUUCGACGUAUUCCACAACGCACCAUUUCAAAUGUCUUGAUAUUGAACCUUGCUUUGGCGGACAUCCUGUUUCGUAUUGUCUACGUUAUAACUCGUGUKAUAUUGCCUGCAUUGCAUAUAAACGUCUCCAGUGUAGAGUGCAAGAUCAUGUUGUAUUGCCAUAAUGCAUGUGCAGCAGUAACCUUUGCGUUGCUUUCUGGKAUAGCUAUUGAUCGUUAUCAGCAAAUUGUAUACCCACUCAAGUAUUUCUACAUGGCCAAAACUCGGCGCAUUGUGGUAAUUUUCACCCUCUGGAUGUACGCAUGCGUCAUUGCUGUGGGAUUCAUUUUCGUUGGGAAAGAUCAACCAUACGAAAAGUUCGGAAAAAUCCCGAAAAAAUUCCGAAAACWUAACAACACAAUACCAGAUACAGUAAGGUACCAAACRAAAAAGAUGAGGUUUUGUUCUUUUGGCAAUAACUCGUUUAGUAGUCAACUUGCUUUUACUCCUUACUUUGUCUUUGGUUUUCUUAUUCCUUUGUUCAUCAUAACAUUGACUUAUGCSGCWGUWUUUAGAUUUUUGAAAGUACGAAGUCAGCACAGCAUUAGUCAAAGAUCGACAAAGUCAAAGAGGAAGGCACUCAAGAUGUUAGUUACUGUAGUGGCUUCUUUCGUUGUUYGCUGGGCGCCGGUAAUGUUGGUAGACUUACUUCGUGUUUAUGGGCUCAAAUUCGGUGGUCGGUCUUCAGUGAGGCAAAUUGCCCAGUCGUUUUCACACACAAGUUCAAUUAUCAGUCCCGUACUUUAUGCUUUUGGUAACAGUAACUUUAGAAGAGAAUUGAACAAAAUGAUGAAAGAUCUGAAGAAAACGUUUACUCGCUGAAACAAUUAUAACGAUCAAA